AGUAGCUCCGCUUGCUGCUGGACCUUGGCCUGACGACUUCACAUCUUGCUCGCCGUUACCUCUACACCUCUGCGCAAUUCUUCUCUUCCAUCACGCAGACACUCCCCAUCCCGAACAGCCCCCUCCAACCGCCCGAGGCCUUGCAUGAUAGCAAGGAUACCCGACGACAUGGCCGACAAGGACAAUGACUACGAGAGCAGGCCGCACGAGCGGUCGACGAUGCAGCAGGAGAAGGCUGUGAACAAGAUGAAGCAAGACAAGCGUGAGGCCGGCCUACAAUCCGCCCGGUCGCGCUCCUCAUCGCGCCGCGCUCGCCGUAACCGCAUCGAAGAGGACAAAAAGAACGGCAAAUACAUGCACACGACAUCGCUAGAAGCCCUCGAGGAAGCCGACGCAAAUGGCGAUCUCCAGAAGAUGGGAAUGUUUGAGCGUAUCGGCCCGGACAGCACAUCCAUGGACGGGCCCGUCACAUACGCCCGCGCCAUGAGAGGCGAGAUCCCCAUGCGCGGCACCGACCCCAACCAGCCAUACCGCAUGGAGCCGCAGCAGCAAAAGGGCAGCGAGCUCAAGGACCAGGACGGACUGAAGUUGACGCUCGAGGCGAAUUUGGAGAUUGAGAUUGAACUCAAAGCGAGUAUUCGCGGCGACUUGACUUUGAGCUUGUACCAAUAACACAACUAUCGUUGCCCUGUUCCUUCGAAUGACAUCGUUCGCGCUCGCCGUGCAGUCCUGGCCUCGACCACCAUACCUCUUCCUCU